UGGAACAUGAUAUAAAGUUACACAGAAUAGACCUCGCACAGGUUCACGUUGACCAGCAACUCUAUAACCAGGACGGGGACUCCAUUUUGGACCAGGAGGAACCAACUCCUCUACAAUUCCAAGAGGACCAGGAUGAACCAGAACCUCCACAGCCGAAAGAGGAAGAGGAGGAAGCAGAACCUCCAGGGAUGGAAGAGGAACCAGAACCUAUACGGAUUAAAGAGGAACAGGAGGAACUCGACAUGAGUCAGUGGGAAGAACAUCUUGUACUGAAAGAGGAGGCUGAUUCCUUGAUGGAGACUCCAUCUGAUGAGGAAAGUGAGCUCAGUGGACCAGAACCAAACGGGGACCAGCUCCUCUCUCACAUCUCUCCUGGAGCUGAUCAGGGAGGAGUCGAGCAUGUAGACUCAGGAUCAACUGGAAAUGCAGAGCUGAAUCCAAAGAAGAGAAGAAGACGUCGCAGAGACACAAGCCACAGUAACAAUGUAGACAACUCUCCCAUAUCAAAGAGUCAGAGAGAUACUGACACAAGUAGAAAGUCUCUAACAUGUGACGUCUGCGGAAAAACAUUUAAGAAUAACUCAGAGUUCAACAGACAUUACAGAAUCCACAGUUAUGAAAAUACUUGUUACUGCAAGAUAUGUGGGAAGGGGUUCUGUCAAAGUUUUAAUUUGUCCAUCCACAUGAGAACUCACACAGGUGAGAGACCAUAUACCUGCGAAACGUGCGGGAAAACUUUCGCAAGGUCUGAUAGUUUGCUUGCACACAGGGCGAUUCACACGGGUCAGUACCUGUACUCCUGUGAAACCUGCGGGAAGGGUUUCCGUUGGAGAAGUCACCUCAACAUCCACAACAGAACCCACACGGGAGAGAAACCGUACGUCUGCCAAAUGUGCGGGAACAGAUUCAUUUGUUCGACAGUGCUGAAGAAACACGUUGGCACCCACAUGGAUGAGAAGCCGCAUUCUUGCAACGCAUGCGGUAAAAGUUUCAAAAGGAAGGAUUAUCUUCUGGUCCACAUGAGGGGUCACUCGGACGAGAAGCGGCAUACGUGCAAGAUAUGUGGGAAAAGAUUCGCAAGGAGAGAUUAUAUGAUGUCUCAUUUAAAAACACACAUUGUCAACUGACGACGAAGUUGGACGUUCACAACAACGUGAGCAACUCAAAAGUUUCCCUCCCCAGGUACUGCACUAUUAUUGUACUGGGCAUUAUUUUCUGCUUUUCCCAUAUAUACAAAGUAAUACCUUCAGAUUUUCUUUUUAUUUCACGAACACCAUAUGAUUUGUGAGAUCAAACUUGGUCAUUCGUUAUAUUUUUACACAUUUUCUAGUAUCUAGUUUUGCUUCUUAUUGUAUGUAAAUGUCUUCAAAGUUUUUUUUUUGUGAAAGACAUGUACCAACUUGGAUUUCACUAGCUCGAUGUGUAUUUUAUUAAAUUCUGCAUCAAC